UCUUCAAGGUCCAAUUUUGGCAAUGCUGGCUCACCCUGUUCCCCAUGGAAAUCCCCAGAUGAGUGGGAGCUGGUGCAAUGGUUGUGUCGGAGUGAGCUGUCGCAAUCAGAAAUAAACAAAUAUCUGCAACUCAAUGUGCGCAGCCUUGGCCUGUCCUUCUCUUCAGCAAAAGAGAUGUAUGCAAUCAUCCGAGCCUCACUUCCCAAAGGACCCCCCUUCCAACAUGCCACAAUUACACUGAAAGAUGCUCCCGAUGAGCAUCAUGAGCUCUAUUUCAGAGAUAUAAUGGCAUGCACAGCGUUGCUCUUCAGUAAUCCUGACUACCAAGAACAUAUAGAUUACGAACCUGAAGAACUCUUU